AUUUUGCGCACUCAGGCCCAACAGCACUAAAACUGAGCGCAGUGUGUGUGUGCGCGUGUGUGUGGGGUGUGUGUAUGCGUGUGUGAGAGUGUGUGGGAGAGGGAAAGAGAGAGAGAGAGGAAAGAGAGGUCCUCACUUUUCCCCUGCUGGGAGCACAGUGCUGUCUGUCCGUGGUGAGUGGGGACCAACCACACUGACACUAACACACUUAUUCAGAGGACGUGGCUGGGAGCUCCAACACAACCGAGAGAAUGCUGACAGCUUUGGUAUUUUUGCUCUGCUGCUUCCAGUCUGGGAAGAGUCAGAGGUGCACCGAGGGGUUCAUGUACGACAUUCGCUCCAGGCAAUGCAUUGACGUGGACGAGUGCCGCACAUUGCCUGGUGCAUGCCGUGGUGACAUGCGGUGUGUAAAUCAGAACGGAGGUUACCUUUGCAUCCCCCAGAACCUUUACUCACAGCCGUAUGCCAGAGCUGAGACUGAGCCACUGUACCCUGACACCUCAGUGGGGUUUCCUGAGCAAUAUCCUCCUCCUAUUGGGACUGGCACUGAGUCCAUUCCUGGUCCAAGUUAUCCCAUAGUGGGCCGUUCAUCUGCCCCCUGCAUCCUUGGCUAUGCCCUCGGAGAGGAUGGCACCUGUGUUGACAUUGAUGAGUGUGAAGCACAGUCCCAUCAAUGUAAUCCCACACAGGUGUGUAUAAACACAAUGGGGGGUUACUCCUGCUCCUGCACCGAGGGUUACUGGCUGGUGGCUGGACAGUGCCAGGAUAUUGAUGAAUGCCGCUACGGUUACUGCCAGCAGCUCUGUGCUAAUUUGCCAGGCUCUUAUUCCUGCUCCUGCAACCCGGGAUUCAACCUAAAUUCUGACAGCAGAACCUGUGAAGAUAUAGACGAGUGUAGGACUGAACCCUGCACUCACGGAUGUCUGAACUCAUACGGCUCAUUCAUGUGCAACUGUGACGAAGGCUUCGAGCUCGGCUCUGACGGAACUACCUGCAUCGAUGUGGAUGAAUGCAGUUUCUCAGACUUCCUAUGCCAGCACACAUGUGUAAACACUCCUGGCUCGUUCGCGUGCACUUGUCCGCCUGGUUACUACGUCUUCGAGGAUGGCCGGAGCUGUGAAGACCUCAAUGAAUGUGAGUCUGGUAACAACACGUGUACAACAGCACAAGUGUGUUUCAAUUUCCAGGGAGGGUACACAUGCCUGGACCCCCUCGUAUGUGAACCGCCAUACAUAGAGCUCAGUGACAAUCAGUGUAUGUGUUCGGCGGAGAACCCAGCGUGCCGAGACAGGCCUUUUACUAUCCUAUACCGCCACAUGGACCUGUCCUCUGGACGCAGUGUCCCUGCUGAUAUUUUUCAAAUGCAGGCUACUACACGCUACCCUGGGGCUUUUUACAUCUUCCAGAUCAAAUCUGGCAAUGAGGGUCGGGAGUUUUACAUGCGGCAAACCAGCAAUGUCAGUGCUACGCUGGUCCUGGCUCGUCCCAUCAGAGGACCGAGGACAGUUGUCCUGGACCUGGAAAUGGUUACGGUCAACAAUGUCAUCAACUUCCGUGGCAGUUCCAUCAUCCGGCUCACAAUAUUUGUCUCUGAACAUCCUUUCUGAGACUCUUCACAUGACUUCUGAUCUUUCCUCUGUUCCAUCAUGGACUUCCUGUGCCCACAUUAUCCAUCAGGCAGCUGUGUUUGUUCAUGUCGGCUAAUGUUUUGCUCGUUUUUUUUUUUUUUGGUUACUGUUUUGCCAUCAUGAACAUCCUUUUAGAUCAUUUUUGAAAUCUGUAAUAGGACUGAUAUUUCGCACCAAAGAAGUGUUUUAUAAAUUCUGCAUCUUGUUAUAGGAAUUAAAAACGGCUGCCCCUGUUUUGUUUACUUUCACUCUCACACAUCCAGUCAGAACAAUAUUUAUGGCUUUUUCCUUUGUUUUUUGGGUCGUUCUUUUUCUUUAGGGAUCAUUUCCAGAAAUACCACAACCGGUUUAAACUGUUCCCAUCUUCUUAAACAGUUCUCCUUCCUUUUCUGCAACAGCAGCUGUCUCUGAAUCAUAAAAACUGUGAAAGCAAAUACAUGAAACUUCCAAAACGUUUGUGUGUAUUUCCUCUCUCUGUCAUGCCAUGUGUCCUCUGGAUUAUCUGUUGUCUUUUGGUGUUUUUUUUUUUAUUUGUAUAAAAUGAGAGCCUGGUCAGGUGAAUAAAGAUAAACAUGAUGACCUGAAA